GUUUGAUGAUACUUAUCAGCAUAUUCACUAGCUUCCUUUCUGGUUUUCUGCAUAUCUUCACAUGGCUAGUUUCGGUGAUCAUGAUGAUAUCAUAAAGUCUGUUUCUGAUGCCCCGCCAACGCAUUACAUGGUCAAAAUAGAGUCUUUAUCACUUCUUACUAAGCAUGCUAUAGAGAGAUAUGAAACCGAGAUCUUUGAAGCUGGAGGCUACAAAUGGAAGCUGGUUCUGUAUCCAAAUGGAAACAAGAGCAAGAAUAUAAAAGAUCAUGUUUCUGUUUACUUGGCUUUGGCUGACUCUAGCUCCUUGGGUCCAGGCUGGGAGGUCUCGGCUGUGUUCCGUCUGUAUUUGCUAGAUCAAAACAAAGAUAGUUACUUGAUUCUACAAGGGAAGGAGAGACGGUUCCACACGGUCAAACGUGAAUGGGGAUUCGAUAAGUUCAUCCCUACGGCUACCUUCUUUAAUGCAUCAAAUGGUUAUCUUAUGGAAGACACAUGCAUGUUUGGAGCUGAUGUAUUUGUUUCCAAGGAGAGAAGAAAUGGGAGAGGAGAAUGCUUAUCAAUGAUUAAAGAUGCUACUAGCUCAAAGCACGUAUGGAAGAUUGAGAAUUUCUCUAAGUUAGACAAUGAAAGCUAUGACUCAAACGCUUUCUUCGCUGGAGAUAGAAAAUGGAAAAUACGGCUUUAUCCAUCGGGAACAAAGCAAGGAACAGGAACCCAUCUUUCUAUCUAUCUGAUCCUCGCAGAUCCUGAAACUGUUUCAGACGGUACAAAAAUAUUCACAGAGUUUACAGUAAGAAUAUAUGAUCAGCUUCAAGGCAGACACAUUGCAGGGAAAGUUACUAAAUGGUUCAGUGGAUCAAGCUUGGAGAACGGAUGGGUUAAAUACGUAUCAAUGGUUUAUUUCACGCAGCCAAGUAGUGGUCUGUUGCUCAAAGAUGUUUGUCUCGUUGAAGCUGAUGUCUGCGUUCAUGGAAUCACUAGUGCACUCUGAUCACUCAUUAGCCAAAACAUUUGACCAUACAAGGAACAAGAAAGAACAAAAUAUGACUUUUAACUUUCUUAACACAACAAUAACAUAU